AGUAAGUUUUGAUGAAAUGGAAAGUCCGAAAAGUUGAUGAGAAUCUUAAUUGAUUCAAGCGCCAGGGAUUAUGUUAUGUAUCGAUUCUGCUUUCCUUCUAACAAAUACACAACAAUUACGUAUCCAAUUCUUCUAAUCUUUUCAUACUCAGAAAUGUGAACAAACAAAAUUGUGAAAAACCAAGGAAAUAUCCCCCAGAUCAGAGAAAAAACAAAACAAAAAAAAGAAAAAGAAAAAGAAAUAAAUGAGUCCAAUCUCAAUCCAGCUGCCACCAAGACCACAACUUUACCGGUCAUUAAUUUCGUCUCUUUCUCUCUCUACCUAUAAACAGCCACCUUCUCCUCCUUCAUUCUCUCUGACAAUCGCAAACUCACCACCACAACCACAGCCACAAGCCACCGUCUCAUCAAAAACAAGAACUAUUACUAGACUAAGCAACAGCAGCAAUAGGGUUAAUCUUUUGCAAGCCGAGCAACAACCCCAAGAACCAUCUUCCGAUCUUUCUUAUUCUUCUUCUCCACCGCAUUGUGUUAGUGGUGGCUAUAAUAUAAAGCUUAUGGAAGUUGGGACUGAUAACUACGCUGUUAUUAUUAUUCUUGGGACUUUCUUUGCCUCUCUUUUUGCUUUUGUUUUUCUUUCCAUCUUACGUUAUAACUUCAAGAACAAGAACAAGGCAAAGAUCCAUGACGAAACCACAUUAAAGACCCAGAAUGAUAAUGUAAGGUUGCCUGAUAACGGCUCCGGUAAUGACGUCAUAAUUGUUGGUGCUGGGGUUGCCGGUGCUGCCCUCGCUUAUACUCUUGGAAAGGAUGGAAGGAGAGUUCAUGUGAUAGAAAGGGACUUAACAGAGCCUGACAGAAUAGUCGGUGAGCUGCUCCAACCAGGCGGAUAUCUGAAAUUAAUUGAAUUGGGUCUUGAAGAUUGUGUGCUGGAAAUUGAUGCCCAGAGAGUGCUUGGUUAUGCUCUCUUCAAGGAUGGUAAAAAUACUAGAUUAUCGUAUCCCUUGGAAAAAUUCCAUGCUGAUGUUGCAGGGAGGAGCUUCCAUAAUGGGCGUUUUAUUCAGAGGAUGAGAGAAAAAGCUGCUAGCCUUCCCAAUGUAAAAUUAGAGCAAGGAACAGUGACAUCCCUACUUGAAGAAAAUGGGACUAUUAAGGGGGUUCAAUACAAAACUAAGGAUGGCCAAGAAAUCAGAGCUUAUGCACCUCUUACAAUUGUUUGUGAUGGAUGCUUCUCAAACUUGCGUCGUUCUCUAUGUAAUCCUAAGGUAGAUGUGCCCUCUUGUUUUGUGGGUUUAGUCCUUGAGAAUUGUCAGCUCCCUUUUGCAAAUCAUGGACAUGUUGUUCUGGCAGAUCCUUCGCCGAUUCUGUUUUAUCCAAUUAGCAGCACUGAGGUUCGCUGUUUGGUUGAUGUGCCGGGACAAAAAGUACCUUCAAUUGCUAAUGGUGAAAUGGCCAAGUAUUUGAAGAACGUGGUGGCACCGCAGAUUCCUCCCGUGCUUCAUGAUGCCUUCAUAUCCGCAAUAGAUAAAGGUAAUAUCAGGACGAUGCCAAAUAGAAGCAUGCCAGCUGAUCCCCAUCCUACUCCUGGAGCCCUUCUAAUGGGUGACGCUUUCAAUAUGCGCCAUCCAUUGACUGGUGGCGGGAUGACUGUGGCACUGUCAGAUAUCGUUGUGCUCCGGGAUCUUCUUAAGCCACUACGUGACCUUAAUGAUGCAACUUCCCUGACCAAAUAUCUUGAAUCCUUUUAUACAUUGCGCAAGCCUGUUGCAUCUACGAUAAAUACUCUGGCAGGUGCAUUGUACAAGGUAUUCUCUGCUUCUCCUGAUCAGGCAAGGAAGGAAAUGCGCCAAGCAUGCUUCGACUAUCUAAGCCUUGGGGGCAUAUUUUCAUCAGGACCUGUGGCUUUACUCUCUGGUCUCAACCCACGUCCACUAAGCUUAGUAAUGCAUUUCUUUGCUGUUGCAAUAUAUGGUGUUGGUCGCCUGCUUCUUCCAUUUCCUUCACCUAAAGCCGUAUGGAUUGGGGCUAGACUGAUAUCAAGUGCAUCCGGUAUUAUUUUCCCCAUUAUCAAAGCGGAGGGAGUGAGGCAAAUGUUCUUUCCUGCUACUAUUCCUGCAAUAUACAGACCUCCUCCUGUUAAAGAUACAGCAGAUGAUGAACAAAAGUCAAGGUAGCUUGAGUUGUCAUAGUCAAGAUCAAACCUGCUUACAUUUGCAAGUUCCGAGGAUGUCAAAUGUACACACUGUAUCUAUUGAGAAAAUGUGGGACUGAUGUUAAUUUCUGGUCAGUAGAUACAGUUGUUUAAUUGUAUACAUUAUUAUUCUCUUAGAACUGAAGAUUGUAAGUAGACCUUUGGACUUUCUUGAUCUAUGAUUAUGAAAUUUUUUGUA